ACCUACAAUGCCAUUGCUAUAUUUGUUUGAGACUACCUUUGAACACCGUGGAGUGGCUUCCAAGGAGCUUUACAAACUUUGGUUAAACCAUACUGGCCCUGACUUCAAAUUGCAAGAAAAAGGAUUGAUAAAAUACUCCUUCAAGGUAAUAGUGUCAUAUAAUUUAUAGCAAAUCUCACUGCCAUUGUAUACCGUAUAAUUUCUAUCUGUAAUUCAACUAAUAAAAAAAAAACGACACUUCUUCCGUACCUCCGAGACAUCUUUUUGCUAUAUUAAGCUAACCUUAUAACUUUUUUUAAAGGGGCUAUGUCACCCAACACGCAUGCGCGAGCCAAUGAAAACAAACUUGAAAAAGACGGCGCAACUUUUUCAAGUUGUGUCGGAGAUUUUGGAAGGCUGUUUUUAUCUGUCUAAAUCUCAGCCAUCGUUCGACAGUUAGCGAAAUUUUGUAUUAAGAAUCGUUCUAUGGUGAUUACAGAACAAUUUUUUGGCGUUAUUUUAAAAUUGUUUGCCUGUGGAAUGUUUUUACGUGGAUUUACUGUGUCCUCUUAUCAGCGGCCGUUAUAAUGGCAGAGUUAAUGACGGCUACUCCACAAUGAGUGAUGGAAUCUUUGAUGGAAUCUUCCCUAUAGUUCACAGGACCUUUCUAUUGAGUUAUUUUAGAGGCUGCUGGCUCUUGGAUUUUUCUUGUGCUCAAAGUAUGUGGACAUAUAAUGAAGCGGCUAUCGAGUUGGCGGCGGCCGUUUUUUGUAAACGAUUACAAGAGCAUCAGGCCAUGAGUUUCGUGACGAAACUAAACUCCUGGCGAAGGAAACAUUCUAAAAUUCGGCUAGAUUCCUUCUUGUAUUUAUCUCGAUUCACGGCAAAGAUAAACACGACCGUUUGCUCGUCCAGAUUGUUCUCAACGGACUUAGAGAGGCACCUUAGUACGAGUUAGAUCCUGUAAAUGCCAUGUUUUUGAACUGUUUGUGUUCGAGCAUAAUUUUGGAAAAUAGCAGAGUUUACUUUCCCUUUUUAUCAACGGACUGCUUAUAGUGGAGUAGUAUACCAAUGAUGCUGGGUUCUGUUUUUCUCGACGUCGCAGUGAUUUGGCACGAUCGAACAAUUUUGCGCGAUAAUGUAUGUUUCCCUAAGAUCAAAACAAAGACUUGUCUCUUGUUCUAUCAGCAUCUAAAUUAUAAAAUCAGUAGCGACAGACAAGUCUAAUUGUUAAUGAUUUGAAACAGUCUUGGUCUUUAUCUUCGGUCUAGCGUCUUUUGUAGCUCGUUUGUAAAAUACAACUUCCAUUUAUUUUGUUGAAUAAGACAAUAUGUUGUUGUUGAAUUUUUGUUUGCGCUCUAUUUUAUGAAUCGCAUUCGUUUUUACUUCAAAACUACAAGUAAAAUUGUCGUCACAAUUUUAUUCUUGAUCUAGCAUAACCAGAGAAGAAACGUUCCAUAAAUUCUAUCGAAAUAUCCCUUAUCCAAACCCAUUUCGCUUGUUAACCUCUCUAAAUUCGGAACCUUAGACGUGACAGAGAACAUGAAGAAAGUCACGCGUUAAAAACAAUAGAAUUUUGACAGUUGAAAGUAAUUUGCAUAACCUCAGAGCGCACAUGGAGAAAGUCACGCGUUAAAAACAAUAGAAUUUUGACAGUUGAAAGUAAUUUGCAUAACCUCAGAGCGCAUGCUCUCCAGCUGACAUAGCCCCUUAUACUAAAGAACUACAGGACAGAAGCUGUAUUUAUAUAGAAAUAACAGGGGCACCCAACGACAAUUUUCGGAAAAUAUCUGUUCGGAAGACGAUUGAGAUCUAGAAUUUUCGGAACAGUUGUAGCAAAAUGUCUUGCUUGCCUGCCUCUCCUAGGAUUUUCGAACAUCUAAAAAAUGGUCUAAUUGCCCAUUUUUUAACGGAUUUUUACCCUAAAGGUCACCUAGAAUUUUCGGGAGCCUUUUUUCUGGCUGGAAUUUUCGAGAUGGUAAGGUUUGAUCCCUAUAAUUUUCGGAUCACUACAUCCGAACAGAUGAAAAAUUUUUAGGGGAUAAAAAUAUGCCUAUAUCUAUCGUUUAAAUACUAAAAUACGUUUAACAAUGUUAUGUUAAAGUGGUUUUGAACUAUGCUCUCGUUGGGUGCCCCUGAAAUAAGUCAUGAUUAUGAAUCAGUGGUGUAGACAACUGCAAAAGUACUAUCCCAAAUGACUGUCUAGGACUAAAGCCCUUUUGAAAUUACAGUGCGUGCAAAUAUUCUAGUAAACUCGCGAAGGAAAAACAAAAGUAAUAAAAACAAAACAAAACAAAAACAGCUCAAUAUGUUUCUCGAUCGUAAGUAAUGUUGUCAGGCAUGAAAUAUUGUCACGGUUUGGACAGGGUGGUUUCUGUACUUAUUCUAAUUCUUAUAAGCCCUGCACAUGAUUCAGGCCUUCCUGUAAAAUUUUCUUAAUCGAUUUUUCCGACAAUGACAGUUAUGCCGAUAAGAAUGAGAACGUUAAAAACUAAAAAAAGAACUUGAUCAAUGUGCACGCAGUCAUUUCCUCACGCUUACUCAAUUACGCAUAUAUAUGAGCACUGCGGAUUAGGUGUAUUACUGGUUUUCAGGGCAGAACACCAAUAAAAUAAUCUAUCACUAACGAACAUCUCCGCGCCAGUCCUCGUGGGUGACACCCCUAAGGAUUUAUAAAAAUCCCCAAAUUUAAAUAACAACUAUUUUCGUUUCCUUCAAGUAUUUCCUUAUUUGUGAAUGAUGAGAGGAAACUGCUCCCAGUAUUAAUAAACUCACCAUGACAACAGGCAUCGUUCGGAUUGCUUGUAAAAUUUUCUGAACAGAUAAGUAACAUAUGUAAGAUAGCCAGCCAACAAUUGCAAGUAUAAGGUUGAGGAAUUUGAUCCCAGGGCUAUUUAAUGUGAUAAUAAUUCAUCUUAAUUUUUGGACACUCCUGGGAAGGGUUAAACUGUACCAACUUUGUAGCGUAGAAGCUUGCAAGACACAGCAAUAUUAAUGUUUGAAGAAAGGAGGGGCUUAUGCCCGGAUUAUAUAAUUAGAUUAUUUUCCGCUAAUACAACACUGAUUCUUAAUACAAUUUUAAGAAUUAAGAAAUUGGUGAUUCCUAGGGUUAGUACCACUGGCUAUGGGAAACAUUCAGUUACAUAAUUAGGACCAUUACUCUGGUCCAAAUUAGAUCGGCUAAGGUAAGGAAACAGCAAUCUUUAGAUACUUUUAAGAAUUCAGUAAGGAAAUAAAACCUAUAGCUACGUUUAUUUCUGCGAAUGACAGCGUAGAAUUUCGUUUUGUAUUCAGGUGUGUUUCCUUAUUUCAUUUUUUUUAGGUUUUAUACAUAGGGUUUUUACUUUAUCUGAUCUCUAUUUGUGUUUUUAAGUUUUUGUUUUAGUUAGUUCUUUGAAAAUAACAGUGUCCUUACUUAGUGGAUAACCAACUGAAUAUAUUUAUUUCAGAUACAGAGAUAAAGAUAUUAUUCCUGUAAAUGCAGCAGCGAAUGACGCUUAUAAUAAUAAUAUUUUCCUGAUUUCUUUAAACUUUCUUUUUUAAGGUUGCUGGAGAAAAAACUGUCGUAGGAGGUAAGAAGAUGAGGACUAUGUUUAAGAAAAGAAAUAAAUUAUGAAACGUUUACUGCAAGUCAUCAGCGGUUGGAGAUUUAAAUAUGUCAAUAACGGUCAGGGAAUUAAUGCCCUACGUGAUAUAGCAAAAGUUGAUUGCAUUUUUAUUGCCCUGCGGAAACAUUAAUUAAGCAACAAAAUCUAUCCAGGCAUUAAGUUCCAAAUUCAGAAGCCUUAGCCACACCUACGUAAAUGAGCCCAUGAUUUUGGACACCGGAUCAUGAAUCUGAACAGGGCUAAAUAGCAGUUUAACCUGAUCGUGAUUACAGUUUUCCCAUAACUUACGUUAGUUAGGCAUAAGACAAAAGACGGCCUUUUACAAUUUCUACUGUCAUCAGUUCAGUUGUAAAUUCGUUUUCUCCAAAAUAUACAACUUACUUACUUUAGCUCAUACUAGAGGUGUCAUAGGAAGCUUUCGAUCAGCCACUUGUCUAGAGGCUGUGACGAGGAGGAUUUUGUGUGCCUUCCGGCUCAAGAUUCAGGUCAUUGUUAUACUCUAUGGCCUCUUUGCUAAGUUUGCGUAAGGCAAAGAUGGCAUCCGUACACCCUCCGCCCUUUCGGAAUCCCAUCUGUGCAUUGCUCAACCAGGACCGAAUGAACUUGAUUGAAAAACUCCACAUCUGGCCCCGGAUUCCUCUUGCUUGUGGAAUUCGGUAUCCUAGGGAUUGAAAUCUUGAAUGCAGCUCAAUGAAGCCGGAAACCCACUAACGAUUGGAAUCCGGAAUCCAAUACCUGGAAUCCGGAAACCACCGCGUGAAAACUAGAAUCCAGCACUGUCUUGGAUUUUCAUAUAUAGGGCAAAUGACUAUUUGAAAAUACAAUUUAAAAACCUACCUUAGACCCAGCGUGUGUUAAUGAUCUGACAGCCGUCGUUGUCUUUUCAGUGAUGUCGGUGGAGUCCCCUGGAGUACUGGACACGUGCUUUGCUCAACUUCCUUUAUACCAGGUCCUUGGAGAUCAGAUCCAUACACGGUUCACUCCCCUGAGGUCGUAUGAAGGAUUCGCCACAGAUCUCAGCGAGAGAGCUGGCAGCGAUACAAAGUUUGAGGAAGAAAAAGAAAAAAAGGAAUUGAAGCAGGGCCUCUUCUAUAUUGUCACCUCUAGCGUAGAGUUUGAUCCAGGUACUAUAUGUGCUAGUCCCAGGGGGCUUGCAUCAGGGUCCACCGCGCGGUCAAUCGUCUGAGGCGUCUUUUCCUUGAUUAUUCACUGGAAUUUCAUGAACCAUAAAAAGUAAAAACAUGGCCAUGGAUGUAUAAAAUAAUUAGUCAAUGGAACCAUCUUUUCAUUUUUCUCAAAAGUAUCAGCUUCAGUUUCGCUGAAAACGCUUCGCAGCUGAGUAAAACAAUGGUGCCGACAAUAAUACCAGUUUCCAAACUUUUUUUAGCAAUCUGUCAAAACUUAAGUAAAUUAACAGGGUAUUGGUAAUGUAUCAAAAUUGAAAUAUUGGAAGUAACAAACUUUGACACACUUUGCUCGUUUGACGCCUUGACGAUACCAUUCUAAGGGUGGAUCUAGGUGCGUAAAUAAAUUAGAGACAAUAGAGAGAUUUAGAGUGACGUUUAUGGCAAAGGGCAAUGGCAGAUUCAAGUUGAGAAUGUCUUAAAAUAAAAAACGUGCAGCUAAAAACAAUCCAAAAGAAUUGUUAUAGACAAACCUAACGUAAAGCUAAUAAUUUGGGGGUAGAAGUGAUAAACAGUUAAGCACAAGCUAAGGGACAACUUGGUCACGUGGUACAAAUUGCCGUAAACGUGACUCUAAAUAUCUCUAAUGUACGAAAGGUCGUGCGUGCUCGUGAAGUGUCCGUAAAAGUAAAAGUUGAGCGAGGUUCAACUUUUAAAUUACGCGACAGUGAAAAUCCACCCUCUCAGGCCAGGGAUGCUGGUUUUUAAGCUAGCCAUUGGCCAUGUAGCCUCCCACGCAGGCCAUGAGACUGGCUCAGUGUUGUGUCGCAUUGCACUAUGGGACUGUUUUAGGGACGCUAUCACUUCUUUUAUUAUUGGAUAAUGCGAGAUUACGCAGCAAAGUACUGUAGCACCGCAGUAACUCGAACUCUGAAGGGAAACGGAAACUGUUCGAGUUAGCGGGGAUUCGAAUUAUCCGAGCUCGUGUCAUCGGGGUUCUACUGUAGGUCAAAUUCUGCCCCCCGUAGUAAAAUAAGAAAUUAUUCCCCUCGACACAACAUCAAUGUAGUUUCAAGGGCAGCUCAUUGUGGCCUAUCGAUUAGUUACAAUUUAGACCAUUUCUCACCUGCCACUUGACGUUUGAGCCCAAUAUCUCAGUUUUCAGUCUUCUCUGCAAGACAUUAAGAAUCAGUUAACAAAAAAAAAAAAAAAAAAUAGAAGCAGUAACACUGUUUUUUUCUAACGUAACAGCCCUGAUGACGCAACAGGAUUUUCUCAAAGCCUGGGCCGAAGAGGCCAAAGCAGCCGUGGGAGCGAAAAAAUUGGGAACCUUGCUAGACUUAUGGAAAGUGGUCGCGGAAAAAAAGGUAGCAAUUUGUAGUAACUGCAUGAGCCCAUAAUCAGAAGUGAGCAACUCCCAUAAUAACGCUAGAUGUCACGUAGUUUUCUCGGACCAGUUUAUUUUUAGAUACAUUUUAGAUGUUUAGAGCUCUUUUCCCCCGAAAAUGGAAGCUCCGCUCGAUCUAUGAGUGCACAGCACAGCAUUUAACUCAGAAUCUUAAAUCUGAUAUAUUCCUUAGGUGGGUUUGUCAUCUUGGGGCUACCGAAGUCGCGCAAAUGAGUUUUGUCAACGCUGGUAGGCCAAGCGCGGCCCUUUCUUCUCUUAUUCGGAGCUUAUUCAAAUUAAGCACACGUUCAUUUGAAUUUGCCGCUUCGGCGGUCAUGAACUCAACUAAUUAAUGGUGUCCACUCAUUCUUUGCUAUGACGGCUCGAUGUUAGGAAUAAAAGGAACAAAACUCACUUUCCUUGUUAGCGGUUGCGUACGGGUGGUCACACCUAUAAAUAGUAAUAUAAUUUGACUGGGAAAAUCUCACUUACCAGAGGUGGUCGCACAUAGAAGUUCCACUGUAGUAUGAGAACUGAUAGAGGCUCCAUAUAGCGAUUCUACUGGUGGGGACUUUCUUACGCACAUUCUUAAUUGCAGGAAUUUUAAUUUUUUUCCAGUGUCGUAUUUGUUUUAAAUUUGUAACGUUCCACUUUUGUAUUAUGCCAACAGGUCAUAUCACUUUUUUGUGUCCAGGAUCCAGCAGAGCUCGAUAGAAUGUCUUUAGACCUGCCGAUCGCAAAAAAGACGGGAAUCAUAGUCCGUCAGGAGUGCAAAUCAAUAAGGCCGAUAGGGGAAUGGGCCGAGGACCUUAAAAAGCUUGCGGAGUAGACAAUGAAUACGUGAUAAUAGUUGCUUGGAGAUAUAUUAACUUCUGAUUUAAGCUUAAUAGAAAGUGACGCUCGUACACCAACCCACGGCCUAGCCAGUACCUAGCGCAUGCACACAGCUAUAACACCAGGGCAUGCAGUGACAGUUAUGGACAGCUGUUUCUCCCUUAUUGGCUUUGUCCGUUCAUAGGCCUGACGGCUAUACCAUGCUGUCCAUGGCUGCCACUGUCCGGCUGAUAUGGCAAUGCGCAUGCGUUAUUAGGCAGCCUGUGAUGCGCUCCUGUCCUGGGUCGGCUCCAACCUUGUUCCCAUGGUUCUCUCCUACCCGUCCUAAGGAAAGAACCCUGGGAACAAGGUUGGGUCGGCUCCUGGUACUGUCCAGGCCGUGGGUUGGUGUAAGUGUGUCACUGUCAAUUAAGUUUGUCUUAAGAAGUGCAACUAUGACGAAAAUGCGGUUGACAUCUGUGAGUGUUUAUCAAAACUAGAAUCAUCUAUGUUUUCUCUCUUUGAAUUAUUGACUCAGAAUGCCAUGGCAAUUGGGAAUGCUUUGGCAGGAAAUAGAAGAACCCUUGUUAUUUUUAGUUUUAAUCAUGUUAUUUCCGGUGACUCUAUAUUUUGGGUCUUGGUUUUCGAAACGAAAAUUGUCACCGACUUGAUUGCGAACACGACAUUUGCUUAGUUAAAUUACUCACAAAUUUGUUAUAGCAUGGGUAACCGGUAGGCUCUGUUCUAUUACAACAGUAUGAAUCCUGAAAAAUUACAGGGUGUUUGUAUGGGGUAAAGUUCCGAUCUUAAAAUUUAUAGGAAAUACCAAAUAAAAGUCACUGAAACUUU